CAAUUAAUACCUUUUAUAAAUUGAAAUGAAUUGAUAACCCCGUACCUAUAAUAUACAUACAUAUAUAUAUAAACAAACCUACAUACUUAUGAACACACUCGUCAGCAUUCGAAAUUGAUAUUGAAACGAGGUUGUUGAUUGUAUAUAGUAAGUAGUUGGAUUAGAAUAGUGCUUUUUGAAACGUUUAAAGGAGCUUAUAGAAACUACUUAUAAUAAACUAAAAAUAUACAAAAUAAUAAAAAAACGGGGCUAUAAACAAUUGACGCCAGUGUAACGUGUUUGAGAUGUCCUUAAAAAGUGAUCAGGAGAUAUUGGAAAAUUCAAUGCACGAAGAUGAUCCAAAUGGCAAUUCCGCACUGGAGCAGACAUUUACAGAGAAAGCUUCACCGCGAUGGGGUCCUCAGCAUAAGGGAGCUCAAGAGUUGGCAAAAUUAUAUAGUCCAGGAAAACGUGCUCAGGAAUUUCUUUGUGUUUAUACAUGUAUUGCUCUAAUGAUAAUUGAUUUCAUCUUAAUAUUAAAACACUUUCAUUUCGAUCGAAUAAUUGUCACCUGCAUAUCAGCUAUAUGUGGUAUAAUUACAGCCGAUUUUGGUUCCGGUUUAGUGCAUUGGGCAGCCGAUACAUGGGGUUCAGUCGAACUACCCAUCAUUGGGAAGAAUUUUCUACGACCAUUUCGAGAGCAUCACUUAGAUCCUACGUCUAUAACUCGUCAUGAUUUUAUCGAAACAAACGGUGAUAAUUUUAUGGUCAGCAUUCCGAUAUUGGGAUUUUUGGCCUAUAGUUUUAAUACAAAAUCGCACAAUGACAUACAGCAAGAUUUUGGUUGGAUUUCGUAUUUAUUUUUAUGUUCGAUUUUUGUUGCCAUGACCAAUCAGAUUCAUAAAUGGUCUCACACCUAUUGGGGUCUACCAAAAUGGGUACUAUUUUUGCAAAAUUAUCAUAUAGUAUUGCCACGCAAACAUCAUCGCAUCCAUCAUGUUGCACCGCAUGAAACUUAUUUUUGCAUAACAACCGGUUGGUUAAAUUGGCCAUUGGAGAAGUUAAGAUUUUGGUCACUGCUAGAGAGUCUCAUCGAACAUUUCACUGGACUUAAGCCACGCGAUGAUGACUUAAAGUGGGCUAAAAAAGUUACAUAGCUAUUUAUAGAUUACAAAAAAUGGACCAAUAAAAUUUAAUUUACGAAAACUACAUACUACGACAUCUAAUACUAUUUAUUAAAAAAAAAAGCAACACAAAACAAUUAAAUGAAAGAAUUCAACUAUUUAUCUUGCUGAAUGUACAAAACCCCAAAAAAAGAAAGUUUAAAGAAAACAAUACGGACAAAAUUUUACAAUUUUUGCUACAUAUAAAGAAAAAAUUACAAUAAAAAACAUAAUGUUUUAAAUAGAAAAUCACAGUUUAGGUAAUUAAAUGAUUAUUUUGUUAAAAUCAAAAUCCUCUUAAAGAUAGGCUAUACAAACUACUUAAAAAGUAACACCUAAAAGUAGGCCUUUAUUUACUAUUAAACCUUCUUGCAAUGUAUGAAUAUUUUACUAUUAUAAACUGUGAUUCUCUUUUUAUAUUAAACGCAUAAUUUAUUUUUACAACUUUUUAUAUUGUUUAAAUAAGAUUUAAAAAGGGAACGAUUUUUUUUA